UUGCUGAUUGUGGGCUACUUUCCGAUGUACAGUGACUCAAAGCGCACAACUUUCUGCCGCUGUUGGAGUUUGUUUUUUCUAACGGAAAUGCUCGUCGGUUUUCACAGACUUUAUUAAGUUACAUUUUGUUCGGAUACCGUGGCCAUUAUGUCAGUAAAAUGCAGAGCAGCCAUCCAAGGACCAGGGCAGCGUGUUAAGUUCAGGGGCUAGCUGGCCUGCUGUACCCCUUUUUUAAAGGGUGGCUGCUGGGAUGCAACGGAAGAGCAGCAGUGGUGGUGGUGGAAAUAACCAAACCCAGGGUCUACCAAGACAUCUAUCCAAGCCCCACACAGUAUCUCUGUCUGCUGGAUCCACCAAGACCUGGGAUAUGGGCCGCAGCUCCAAGAACCCCAACCCUCUGAGCAGCAUGGGGCUCACCUCUCAUCUGGUGGGGGCUCCAGGAGUGGAUCCAGAGUAUGUCAUGCAUCUGGUGAAUGAUGUACGGGGCUUCGCUGAUGUGCUGCUCAACCUAAAAGAGGCUUUCCAGUGUAAAGAGAAUCUAGAAGGUCUUCAGGAGGUGGUGCAGGAACGUUUGGCAGAGUUACUUCGCGUCCUCAAGACCGUCAUCAGCAAACACCAGACCCUCAACUCAGUGGAUAUCCUCGGAGCGGCCGGCACGGUCAUCGCCAAGGUCAAAGGCAUUAACUUCAAGGAAGUGAACCCAGAAAACGCACAGGCUAUAUUUGGCGAGAUACACACAUCCAUUGACACUUUGGCAUUCACUUUCGGCAAUGUAGUUUCUGACUUCCUUAUGGGAGAUGUGGACGGCGGCUCAGGGUUGGGGAUCCCCCAGACCAGGAGAAGCAGGUCUUUUGACAAUCUCUCUUUGGAUCCUGAGGGAUAUUUGUCAGAGAAAAAUGACCUUGUGGGUCCAGAGGUGCCGCUUUCACGAGAGGAAGAAGUUGACUUGACCCUGCUGAAGAAUGACAGCGGCGUGGAGUCUGCUCUACUCUACGCCAAGGCCUGGUCCAGGUACAUCAAAGACCUCCUGGCCUGGAUGGAGAAACGGCUGGCCAUGGAUAUUGAGUAUGCCAAAAGUUUUUCCAAAAUGGCAGAGUCUGCUAAGACACUGGCCAGCCAACAGGACUACAUGCCAUUCAGUGACAUCUACGUUUCCACGUUCAAGAACGACAUUGAAUACAAACAGCUGCUUACUCAAACUGCAAUAGCUCUUCAGACCAACAAAUACAUUCAGCCUCUUCUUGCCCGUAAGAAUGACCUCGACAGGUUGAGGAAAGACAUCAAGGAGCAGUGGCAGAGGGAGCAAAAGAAAAUGCAAGAGGCCGGGGCAACCUUGCGUAAAGCACGAGUGCUGAAAGCCCAGAGGAGAGAGGAGUACCAGAAAGCCCACACAUCUACCAACCGCUCCCAGGAGGAGCACGCUGCCGCUGGCAACAAACAGCUGGAGAAGAAGAGGAAGCUGGAGGAGGAGGCUCUGCAGAAGGCGGAGGAGGCCCAGGAUCAGUACCAGAGCUGCAUGGCUGACGCAGGCGUCAGGAAGAUGGAUCUGGCCAACGCCAAGAGCACCAUCCUCACACAGAUCAGAGAGAUGGUCUUCCAGUGUGACCUCACACUCAAAGCUGUGACGGUGAACUGGUUCCAGAUGCAGCAGGCGCAGACGGUGUCGCUCCCUGCUCACUACCAGGCUCUGAGUGAGAGCUCCAAGUUGUACGAACCGGGUGAAUGCUAUGCCGAGUUCAUCCGUAACCUGCCCAAAGAUCUGCCUAAAGAGCGUCUGCACUCAGACUCCACCUCGUCUGACAAUGCCAGGUUUGUGUUCAACAAAAGGUCUGUGGGCAGCACUCAUUCCUCCCAUGGCAACCUGUCGCAGGCAUCCAUCUACUCUGGUGACGUGCUGAGCGGAGACGAGGUGGACUGUGCCCUUCAACGCUCUGCGAAGAUCAGCGAGCGCAGGUCCAACAGCAGCACCGACAUACCAGCGCUGAGAAGCCAGGCCACGUUGAGAGCUUGGGCCUCCGGUAGUCAGGGCAGCCAGGGCGGGAUGUGCAGCGACUCGGAGAGCGCAGGAGGCAGCAGCGAGUCCCGGUCCAUGGACUCCCCCACCGCCAGUCCAGGUGACUUCAAGCGACGGCUGCCGAGGACUCCGUCCACUGGCACCAUGUCUUCUGCUGAUGACCUGGAUGAGAGGGAGCAACCAUCGCCUUCAGACAACGGAACUGGAAGUCACCUGUCUGGCGUGUUCCCUCAUCUUUGGAUCGGAUUUUCAGGUCUGGCAGAGAUGGUGACGGAGACGGCCAGUUCUCCGGGUCCCUUCAGAAACGCUCAGAUGUCCAAAGCCUCUCAAACCCAUAAGCUGAGAAAACUACGAGCUCCAUCUAAGUGCAGAGAGUGUGACAGCCUGGUAGUUUUCCAUGGAGCGGAGUGCGAGGAGUGCUCCCUCGCCUGCCAUAAGAAGUGUCUAGAAACGCUUGCUAUCCAGUGUGGCCAUAAAAAGCUGCAAGGCAGACUGCAGCUGUUUGGUAUCGACUUUACACAAGCAGCGAAGAACAGUCCAGAUGGCAUCCCUUUCAUCAUCAAAAAGUGCACGUCUGAGAUUGAGAGUCGAGCCCUCAACAUCAAGGGGAUUUAUCGUGUGAACGGAGCCAAAUCACGCGUGGAGAAGCUUUGUCAGGCGUUUGAAAACGGGAAGGACUUGGUUGAGCUGUCCGACCUCUCUCCUCACGAUAUCGGCAAUGUUCUCAAACUCUACCUGAGACAGCUACCAGAGCCCUUGAUCCUAUAUCGUUACUACAACGAUAUUAUCGGCUUGGCCAAAGAGUGUCAGAGAGUGAUAGUGGAGGAGGCGGAUAAACCUAAAAUAGGAGAGAAGGGGGGGGCCAGCGUCGGGCUCAACAGAGUCCUCUUCAAGAUCAGAGACCUUCUCCGCCAGCUGCCUGCAGCCAACUACAGGACUCUGCGCUUCCUUAUAGCUCACCUACACAAAGUGACGGAGCAGGCGGAGGAGAACAAGAUGACGGCGAGUAAUCUGGGUAUAAUCUACGGCCCCACGCUGGUGAAGCCCCGGCAGACGGACGCCGAGGUGUCCCUGUCCUCGCUGGUGGACUACCCCUACCAGGCCCUGAUGGUGGAGCUGCUGGUGCGCCACUUCCACGCGGUGUUUGACGUUUCACUUCUGCCCGCCUCCGACAACAUCACAUCCUGCCAGGCGUCCCCCAGACUCACCCCGCAAGAGAAGGUGCAGCGGCUCAGCAGACACUCCGCCUCCCUGAUGGAUAUCAAAGAGAGUGCCAAAGUGUACAAGAGAUACUCGUCAGUGAUCCCCUCCUCACACAUCAUGAAUGAGGUUCACGAGGUGCAGCCGGGGACGGACAGAACGGAGGACUCGGCCUCGGACAGACUCAACGGGGUCCAGACCCUCGCUGAAGGAGACAUGCAGAGGUCCACCUUAGUGUUCGGCCCCCCCACCACCGCUGUGGCACCAAAGGUCCAGCUCCGCACCCAGCGCGCCAGACACGUGUCUCGACCCAUCAGCAUGCCGCUAGAACGCCUGCCCGCGCCCGCCCACAUCAGCGAGAGGAAUUACCGUAACGCUGCUGCUAAAACUGACUCCAGCUCCUCUGAACGCGUCUCUGAAUCUAUUCAGGAGAUACCAGAGCCAGAGAAAGCCCGCCAAAGUGGCUCGUCGAGAGUUAGCACCUACUACAUCACUCCUUUCAUGGACACACAGUCCAUGCAGAGGAGAACGUGGGACAGGAAGUACAAGCACUAUGAUGUCACACCCAGGACUGCUAAGAUCAUGGCCAACCUCCCACCUGCCAGCACUGGAAUCCAACCUGUGAAAGCAAUCAUGCCCGUCACUCUUAGCCCAGCGCUAACAGCUACAGUUAGCCCAGCCAUAACCGCUACUGUUAGCCCAGCGCUAACAGCUACAGUCCCUACUUCAAGUAGUGUGAGCAACAUGUUAUGCACCCUUCCCUACACAGUGUCAAACCCGGUCUGGACUUAUAAAAGGGAAAGCGACUCGGAUAAUUCUGUCGGCGAGGCUAGCAGCUCGCCAAAACUCCCGCUAACGCUCAGGGCGCCGAGAACUCUGCAGCCGCCUCCUGGAACUUUCUACAAGCCCCCCGUUUCUUUUAACAGCAGGGCAAGGACGCUUCCCAACUGGACUACAACUGUUACCACGGUCACCACCACCACAACCACCGCCAGCCCCGCCCUCGCCCUCUCCACCACUGCCCAGGUAGUCUCCUCAUCCCCUGCCCUAUCAACGAGCCCCCCACUGACUCGGCUCCAGACUCAGGACUCCGUCGACAGCGCCAUUGACCCCGGGUUCUCAACCUCUGCCAGCCUUUCCCCCCCACAGUCCCCCCCUCAGUCCCCACCCCCCAGCAGCCCCGACGACUUAAGCCCCAGCGAGACUAAACCCGUGUACCAAAGACUUCGCCCUCGGCGGACGCAGGAGCUCGAACACAGAGAGGCACAUUUUGUCUGAAGCCAAAAAAACACACAUUAUAUCUGUAAAUAUUAUUGUAUCCGUGCCAUAGUGUAUACAUCGGAAGACGUUUUUUAUAAUACAAGCUGAGUGGGAGAAAUGUAGGCCUGUGAAAAUAAACCAUGAAAGUGUUAUAAGUACUAAUAUAUUGUAUUUUACAUAUUCAAGUCCAAAUGUCAACAGUGGUUGCUCUCCCAAGCGUUCAAAACAGACGAAUGCCAACAUUGAAUGUGUAGUGCUAUUAAGUUAUAAAUACAUGAAUUAUCCAUUUGUAUGUCAAAGAUAGAAAGAAAUGUGUCAACCACAACAUGACAUCUGUCUCUGAAGAAUUGUAAGUCUAUUAUUUUCCUUGUUUUGAAUUGAACCUCUUAGUUCCUGUACAAUGUUUGAUUUGUUAUGAAAUUAUAUUUGAUGUAAUCACACGAUGCACUUAACGCAGGUUCAAAUUCUAAUGUGCCUUUUUAUGUUAGAAUUUGCUUAAGUUUUAUUCUUCAAUGAACAGAUGGAAGUAUUUUUAACAUGAGGUUUUUUUAUUUUAAAGAGUUCAACAUUGUCUCUUUCAAAUGAGUCCUUUGAUGCCUGCGAUUGGUACAUCUUUUCUCAGUAUGUAAACCUUAUGUAUCUGUUUACGUUUUUUUUAUAUCCAUUCUUACAUACUGCAUGUUCGUCACAGUAAUGUUGUUCCAUUGCAUUAUUGUGACCAUACAGAAAAAAAUUACAUGCAACAGUGAUUGAUGCAAAUUAAAAAUGUAUUUGUAAUUGUUA